AUGAAGGCAAUCGCUACUGCUUUGGUUUUCGCCGCGUACUCGACUUUAGUACUAGCGGAUCUUCCCCAUUACACAACCUACAAGAGCUUCCAAACUGCAUUCUACGAAUGUGCGGAAUACUACCAUGUACCUAAUUGCACCGUUCGACGGUAUAUCGAACAAGCCUAUCCAGCGGAGGAGGAAGUAAAGAAACUUAUUCGUUGUACGCUGAUUAACCUUGCAGCCUGGGAUGAUGACACUGGUGUCCGUGAUUAUGUGAUUAGUAAAUAUUUUGUUCCAUCGCCGGAUGACACCUGCUACGAAAGACGAACUCGUGAAUGUCUCGACAACAUGUUCUACGAUUGCCGCAAUUCUCGCGCCUACGAAUCCUUCAAGUGUUACUACCGUUAUUACGGAGAACUUACUACGUAUAGUAAAUAUGUGCCUUACGAAUUGUUGGAAGGAGAACAGCUAGCCCUAACUGGCCUCAAGAUCGCCAAGCUUCCCUAUGAGGUGUUAGUCCAAUACUGCAAAGGUGAUAUCGAAAAUGAAGAACAUUUCCCAGACCUGAUGUAUUUGCUCUUGGUCCGAGGAGGCUACUAUAGCCCACAGUCCGGCUGGAACCUGGCCAACUGGUACACUCAACUGGGUGAUCCGAGUUUGCUAGACCCAAGCAUGCAGCAGUGCAUCGACAAUGCCGAAAAGGAGAAAUGUAACGCUGACGAAGUAUCGCGUUUGUUUUUGACGUGGCAGCGGUGUUUCAGUCAGUAUUACUAUUUGCGGAAGUACAUCCAGAUUGCUGCCAAAACACUGGUCGGUGAUCCGAACGGUUGCCUCUGCACUAAAUCGUUCUACAAUCAGCAUUGA